UGCUAGGUGACCGAGGCAGCUAGCAGUCCGGCGAAGGCGAUGGCCGCAUUGUUCACGACGAAGCUAGGGCGUCAGGCGUCCGGGUACCUGCAGGACAAGUACAAGCAGGCGAGGCUCGCCCUCGGCGACGUCACGCCGGCAGAGCUGGCUGUGCAGGAGGCGACCAACGACGACGCGUGCGUCCCGGACGCCAAGACGCUGGCGUCCAUCGCGGAGGCGGCCUUCGACAUCGACGACUACUGGCGGAUCGCCAACGUGCUCCACCGCCGCCUCGGCUGCGUCCACGACUGGAAGGAGUGGCGGCCCGUGUACAAGGCGCUCGUCGUCCUCGAGUUCCUCCUCACCCACGGCCCCGAGGAGCUCCCCGGGGACUUCCUCCCGGACAUGCAGGCCCUGCGCGACCUCCGCGGCUUCACCUACACCGACGACAAGGGCUUCGACUGGGGCGCCUCCAUGCAGCGCCGCGCCGACAGCGUCGUCGGCCUCCUCACCGACGCCGACCGCCUCAAGGACGCGCGCCAGAGGGUCCGCUCCCUCUCCUUCUCCCACGACGGCGGCAGCCCCACCUCCUCCGUCGCCUCCUCGGCCUCCUCGCGGGCCUCCCGCGGCACCUGGUCCUUCGCCUCCUCCUCGCCGCACUACUCCGAUAGCCCCACCUUCGUCUGCCUCUGCGGCCCCAAUGUCGACUACCGCCAUGACAAGAAGUUCGACGCCUACACCGCCGACGACAAGCGUGAUCUCGUCGACGACCAGGAGGUCGACGACUACCCGACUCCGCACAGCCAAGGAAGCUGGCUCGAGGAAUCCACCCCCUUGUCCGGCUCCCCGGUCAGCUGCGGCAGCGCCAGAAGCGCCGGCGGUGGCAGGAGGGCGUCCGGAUUCAAUAGCUUGUCUCAGCCUGAGAGAAGGAACAGCAGCAAGAAGCUCCAGCGCCAGCUUUCCUUGCACUAUUAAUUUUAGUUGCCUAAUUCGUCCAUCAUCCAUCCAUCAUUUUGCUGCUGAAGUGUAUUAAUUCUUGGUUCUGCUUACUAGAUUCCACCUUAUGCGCUAGCUGUUGGCGCAAGUACCUCAACCACCUCAAAAUUUAGUAGAUUUGUAAUAUCGUUUUCAUUAGCCAUUAGUCUCUAUGUUGAAAGAGUCUCUGUUGAAGAAAUAGCUAGCUAGGCCUACAACUUUUCCUAUGUCUUUUUUUGGAAGUAUUUGAUGUCUUGAUGUUUUCUUUUGGAAGUAUUUGAUGUCUUGAU